UGCUCCUAGGCUCCCCCUUCUCCGCUCGGAGCAUAGAUGGUACCUCCCGGAAGUCCGGGCGGAGACUGAGGCUGCGCUUCUCGCGAAAGGGCUGGCGUCGCGGGGCUGGCCACUUCCGCACUUCCGCUUUCCGGCCCAGCCAGCGCCCGCGAUGACUGCCACUCUCCGCCCCUACCUGAGUGCCGUGCGGGCCACGCUGCAGGCUGCCCUCUGCCUGGAGAAUUUCUCCUCCCAGGUUGUGGAACGACACAACAAGCCCGAGGUGGAAGUCAGGAGUAGCAAAGAGCUCCUAUUGCAACCUGUGACCAUCAGCAGGAAUGAGAAGGAAAAGGUUCUGAUUGAGGGCUCCAUCAACUCUGUCCGGGUCAGCAUUGCUGUGAAACAGGCUGAUGAGAUCGAGAAGAUUUUAUGCCAUAAGUUCAUGCGCUUCAUGAUGAUGCGAGCAGAGAACUUCUUUAUCCUUCGAAGGAAGCCAGUGGAGGGAUAUGACAUCAGUUUUCUGAUCACCAACUUCCACACAGAGCAGAUGUACAAACACAAGUUGGUGGACUUUGUGAUCCACUUCAUGGAAGAGAUCGACAAGGAAAUCAGUGAGAUGAAGCUGUCGGUCAAUGCUCGUGCACGCAUCGUGGCUGAGGAGUUCCUCAAGAAUUUUUAAACCAUCUGGCUGGAUCUUGAGGCCUUCCCCCUCAGACUCCCCCGUGUCUCUGCAAAGGCAUCCUGGAGUUACUCCCUAGAGCGGCGGCGGCAGCAGCAGCAAGCAGCAGCGGCAGAGCGGGGGAGCUGGGUCGGGGUGGGCAUUAGAUGCGGGAGGUGGGUGGUGUGCUUGCUAGCUGGGCAACAAAGCAGCAGUGGACCUGCCCCAAGGCCACAGGUGCCUGGUCAGGCUGGCUUCUGAUGUUCAGUCCCCUGGGCUGGGACAGAUUUUUUUUAACGUCUUGAAACUUAAAUUCUGUGCUUGUAGGAGACUGAAACCUUUUUGUCUUUUUUUUUUUUUUUUUUUAAACAACCUCCACCUCCAGUGGCUGUGACUGGUCCCAGUGAUUGUACCAUAUUGGUCGCUGUGGGUCUGGGCGGGCCUGGAGCCAGAAGGCGACUAUUGUCUCCCUUUCCCAAUUACCCCCUCCCCAAGCCCCAGGUGGGGAGGGAGGGAGGGAAGGAGGAAGGUUUCAGACUCCAGUUCUUUUCCCUUGCUGUCUUAUUCCUGAGCCUCCUUGGUCCCAGUAGAAGUUGUGGGGACCCUCUGCCAGCUUUCUGAGCUCUACCUGAAAAUGGCCACCCAGCACUGGUUGAGGACAAGGGCUGAACUGGUGGCCACCAGCCAUGUCCAGGAGCUGGACCCUGAAAGCCAGGUACCUCUGGCUGUAGGGGCCACUUUGUGCCCUCCCAGUUGAGAGGGGCCACUGUUUCGCCUUGUCUGUCAGUGCAGUGCCUGUGCUAGAGGUGGAGAGGUGAGUCGUCCAGAGCUUCCUGAGCUGGGGCUUUCCUGCCUGCUCUGGCUCCUCUGCUCCCACGCUCGCUGUACCUUUUCUUAUUCUGGUGGAUCCCCCCUGCUCCCCUGAUUAAAGUCUCUUCUUGCCCCUUUGGGGCUGCAUGA